AUGGAGAAGCGAACGCUUCAAUCUCCAGUACGCGACGGAUCCGCCUAUGUCACACAGCAGCUGACAACAGCUGACUUUAUGGACUACGAUUUCGCUUGGGUUCAAUCUGAUUUUGAAGCGCUCGAGGGGGAAGCUUUCAAAUCUGCAAUUGGAACGCUUUCCGGUUGUGUGGCUAUAGUUGUGGUAUCACGAAAGGGCAUUUUCAGAUCGCACAUCUGGGAAAAGCCCCUGAUUGGGCCCGAUGGAGACUUCUCCUCGCUAAGCUCAGACGCUUAUUUUCAAGAAAACUGUCUGAAUACCGUUCGUGAUGGUGGAAUUGAUUCGCCGAGUGUCAGCCGGUGGACCUCCGCUGAAUUAUCUGGUGAUAACAACGCUAAAGCUUUUAUCUUCAAACGCCUCAGCUCGGGUCACGAUCAAUAUGACCAAGGCUAUGAUGGCAAAGUAGACCAGAUUCAGACUCUAGUAAACCGGAUUACUGGCCUGACUGCGCAUGUCGUUGACUAUCAGAACCGUGUUAACAAUAUCGAUGACUUCGGAAUGUCGGAGAUGGGAAAGAUAUUCUUCGAAUACGACCCCCAAGCGGUAAAUGCCGGAGAGGAGGGUUGUGAGGAUUGGAGAGCUAGCUACAGGCUCUGGGUAGAGUCAGGUCUUGCCGGCAGUGAUGUAUAG